AUGAAGGAACCGCAAAAUAGAAAUUCAAUAACACAUUCUAAAACAGUAUCAUCGUCAAAAUCCGUAAUUUUAACUCCGCCGCCACCCAAGCCACUUGAUUUUGAAGGAUUUAUACCCUGGAAGAUUAUGUGCCACAAAAAAAUCCUUGGUUCUAAAUCUAAGUAUUUUUCCAAACAGACUGCUAAAACAAGGGCUGAAACUGACAUUAAACUGUCUGACUCUGCAAAAAUAUUUCCUUCCGAUAGUACCUUGAAGAGUUAUAUACCCAUAUCAGCCUAUUACGAUCCAAGAGGACGUUUGGUCGAAAUCGUCAUAGAUAGGUCUCCAUUUGAAAUACCACGAAAAGUGAUCGUGGCAUUUUCCCUUUGUGUACCCUUUCAUUCUUCGCUCACGAGAGUUUCAAUAAGGAACGGUGGAUUGAAGUUACCAGCACUUUACGAGAUAGGCAAACUCUUAUCACAUUCAACUAUCACUGAUGUUGUCAUCGAAAACUGUUUUGUCCCGGAAGGAACAUACCAAUUAUUGUUAGAACACGUUUCCCAUUUGAGAAAUUUAGCCCUACGCCGCUUGUGUAUAAAUGAUAUGGCUUGUUGUAAUAUAGCAAAGGGACUUGAGAUGGGAGAACCAGCGUCAAAAACUUUAUUAACACUAGAUUUAACAUCAAACAAAAUCACUGAUGAUGGUGCUAAGGCGUUCGGAGACAUGCUUAGGAAAAAACGUUGUCUGUUACAUUUGAAUUUAUGUGAUAAUAAUCUUUCUGAUGCGGGAGCUGCUUAUAUAUUGAACUGUUUAAAAUCUUUCCCCUUAACAUGUCAAGAAAUUCAAGAUACUAAACGUCGAAGAUUUGAACACUUCAUAAAGAGAAUUGCUGUUUAUAAGAAACAUGUGGAACAUUUAACACGAUGCCAAGGAGAAGAAAAGAUUUCCAAUGAGUUCGUAGAUAAGAAGGGUCAAAAGAAAGUUAAGGGAGGACAGACGGUUUCUGCUGUAACUAGCGCAUUAUCCAUUCCUCAAUUAGCAGACAAAUUAACGCAAGAUGAAAUUGGUGAAUUUGUAGACGUCUUUGGAUGUCAUCACGUCACAUAUGUGAAUAAAGUUAUGAAUUGCGAUGGCAAUCUACGUCUCUGCUCACUAAACUUGGCAUAUAAUAACUUAAGUUUCUUAUCUGUUCGCAAGAUUUACGAAGUUCUAUUGUAUCAAAGGAAUGUUUUUACGAUAUAUAAACCGUCGAUCACAACUGGACUUCUAAGAGUGGUUUUCGAUGGUAAUAAUGUACCAAGUCAAUGUAAAGAAGUUAGACUUAUUCAGGAUCUUCUUCAUAAACUAGUGACGAAUCGGUGUCCUUCUAAGAACGUACCUUUAAAAGCGCAGUCAAGUAACAGCGUUAUGUCGAGUACAAAAACCGGCAAAACUAGUAAACCGAAAAAAAGUAUUGCUCGUUAA